CCAUUCGUGUACUGUCGCGCGUUGUCGUCUCUAUACUCGUUGGUCGUGUUGUAAUUCAUUUACGUAGUUUUGGUUCGUUCAUUUGUUUUCGGUUACAGAAUUUUUAUUUUUUCAUAGCAAACAACGGGUUUACAUUUCAUUUAUGUAUUGGAAAUCUAUUUAAACGGUCUUUUCCCCUGUUUGGGGUUUUUUUGAUUAUUUGAAUUUUACUUGUCGUCUUCGGUCGUUAUGAUGAUCUGUUUUGAAUGACAUUAUUUUUAUAUUAGAAAUUACAUUUUUUCUCUCAUGUCUAUCGAAACCCGUUAAAGUAGCAUAAUAGUUUUUUAUAUUAUUUUUUUAACGCAGAAGAUAAUCAUGAGAACAAUGUUUGAAGACAACCAUUCACUGUUGACCUUGUUGUUGAUCUCCGCCGUCGUUGUAUCAGGUAAUUAAGACAAAUAUUUACUGUGAUGUUCAAAAGAAAACAUUUAGUUUACACUAAAGAAAUAAGCAACAACUUAUAUAAAUGCUAAUACAGAAAUCGGGCGAACGAGCCAUAUUGACCACCGAGUUAAAUAUGUAUGAAAACGGGUGUUGCGGUUAAAGAACCAUCUUUGUUUAUCAAGCCAACUCAACCCAGACAAACGAAACCCAUCGGUUCUUCUUUGAUCUUAAACUGCCAACCCAAUGUAGAUCAUCCAGAACUCAUCAGCAACUUAAAAUGGUUGGAUCCCCUGAACCGAACAAUAGAACAGACUUCUACCGCUGGUGCACAUGUCACUACAACAUUAACAUCCGACAACAAUUUAGGACUUAUAAUUACAGGCCUUACUGAAUCUGAUGUUGGAACUUACACAUGUACUGCCACCUAUUCUAACUCAGAAUAUUUAAGUCAUAGUGUAGUCGUCGACAGUUUCGAUGACAUAACAUUUGUGAAUGCUCCCACUGAACAGUAUCCAAUUGCUGGUGCCAGUUAUAAAAUACAGUGCAAAGUAAAAGCUAACCCGGCACCUUUGGUCGACUGGUAUAGAGAAGAUACUAGAAUUCAGGAUAGCAGUCGAUUUGUCAAAGAAACCGAUGGUUUAGUCAUACAAAAUGUAACAGCUGAAGAUGAUGGAAUUUAUAAGUGUAGAGCAAUUGUUUUAGACACUGGAAAUAUUCAAGAUAAGAAUAUUAGAGUAGAGGUACACAUUCCACCAACAUUUGUGCCCAACCAAGUUUCCCAACUUGAAUUAGUAGAAGGUGAAAUGGCUAGUGUUCAAUGUACUGCUAAUGGAAAACCAGAACCAAAAAUUACUUGGAUACAUGUGCCUGAGCAGCGAGAUUUGAGUGAAGGAUCUGAACGAUUUUCAGUGAAUAAACUGACUGGUGUGUUAAAUUUAAACAAAGUAAGCCGAAACGAUAAUGGCAAGUUUAAAUGUGUGGCAACAAAUGCAGCUGGAACUAUAGAAAGAUUAGUAAAUGUGGUGGUACUAAUUAAACCUGAAGUAUUGGACGUCACUAACGUUUCAGUUCCUCUCGACAGAGAAGCAAGAAUACAAUGUAUGGCAAAUGGAAACCCUCUACCAUCAAUUGUUUUCAGGAGAGUGGGCACAGAUGUUGUAAUAAAAACAGGAAUCGAAGAUUAUCGCAUUAGCGUUGAACAUAAUACUGUUAGAGACGUGGCGACAGCCACUCUGGUAAUCAAACACCUGAACCGCACAGACGAUGGACUCUACACUUGUAUUGCAUCCAAUAAGGGUGGUACCUCAAUGAAAAACGGACAUCUUACCGUCGAAUUCCCUCCGGUUUAUGCUAGCAAUAUGGUCAGAGAAGUAUGGACUUGGAAUAGUAAACCUGUGAAUUUAACAUGCAUAUCUGAAUCGCUUCCUAAUGCCUCGAUCACGUGGCUUUUAAAUAAUCGCAUUGUCGAAGGAGAUUUAAAUGUUAGGAAGUUCGGAAAUGGGCCUUACAGCGAUCUACAAGUAACUCCAGUUGAUCAGAGAUAUUACGGAGUGUACAGUUGUUUAACAAAAAACAUACACGGUGAAAAUAAUGCUCUAAUAACGUUGCGAGAGGCUCAUAGACCCGGAAGAGUGUCUCAAGCCAAAUUCGAAGUAGUUACUGCUACCACAAUUUCAUUUGGUUUCAUCGGACCGACAGAUACAGGUGGUCUAAAAAUCAAAGCAUAUGCCGUCCAAUACAAGGAGGUAUUACAGAAUUGGGAUGAAGGACGUAAUAAGUCUUGGCCAGUCGAUACGCCUUAUAUAUUGGAAGGCUUAUCAGCCCAGAGAACUUAUCAAUUUAGAUUUGCCGCAAUUAACGACGUGGGCACUAGUGAUUGGGGAACUGUAGAACAGCGCACAAUGCCAAAGCGUUCAGCUCCUGAGGAACCAAAAAUUCUCUACAGCAAAGAUUUGUACACCGAUGACUAUAUCAAUUCGCCUUACGGCAAUAGUUACGAAGUGAACUGGAAAAUACCAGCCGACAACGGCGAAUUUAUCGAUUAUUACAGCGUGACAUAUUGUGUGAUUGAAAAAAUCAACACCGUUUGGACGCAAAAGAAAGAAUCUUGCAGGACCGAAGAUAUCAGAUCUCAAGACAGGACGUCAUUUUUGAUGGACAGUCUGAACGCAGAUACGUUUUACAAAGUGGAGAUCCGAGCUCACAACGAAAUUGGAUAUAGUGUCCCCUCGGAGCUCGUCUUCAAAACUGCGAUGGGUGCUGAUAUACCACUGCAGCCCACCUACAGCAACCGACUCAAUUCAUCUGUGAUCAUAAGUAUAGUCUUAGCUGUGCUCUUUACAAUAUUGGUCAUUAUAGACGUUUCUUGUUACUUUAUCAAUAAUACAGGUAUUUUGUUCAUUUUAUUCAGUAUGUGCUGUCGGAAAAAGAAAAGGGAUGAAGACACUAAACUCGGAAG